CGAGCGAACUCGAGAAUCUCGUUACAGGUUGCACAUCGCAAGAGCAGUUGUCACGAAACGCACGAAUCAUGGCACGGAAAUUCUUUGUUGGUGGUAAUUGGAAGAUGAAUGGCACCAAGAGCGAGAUCAAUGACAUCGUCGCGUUCCUGAAGACCGGUCCGCUAGACUCUAAUGUCGAAGUCGUGGUUGGAGUUCCGUCGAUAUACCUGACAUAUGUGACAUCUAUUGUACCCAGCAAUGUCAGUGUUAGUGCGCAAAAUACAUACAAAGUUCCUAAGGGAGCUUUCACUGGUGAAAUUAGCCCAGCAAUGCUCCUCGAUAAUGGAAUUCCCUGGGUGAUCCUUGGUCAUUCUGAGCGUAGAAAUGUGUUUGGCGAGACGGAUGAAUUGAUUGCGGAGAAAGUUGCACAUGCCUUAGAAGCUGGCUUGAAAGUAAUUGCAUGUAUAGGAGAAAAACUGGAAGAACGUGAAGCAGGUAAGACUGAAGAGAUAGUUUACAAGCAGACCAAAGCGAUUGCGGACAAAAUCAAAUCCUGGGACAAUGUGGUGUUAGCAUAUGAGCCAGUCUGGGCGAUAGGCACGGGUAAAACCGCGACGCCGCAACAAGCGCAAGAAGUUCACGAGAAGUUACGAGAAUGGUUGUCUAAGAACGUCAACCCUGACGUCUCGCAAACCUUGCGAAUUAUCUACGGCGGUUCCGUAACAGCGGGAAAUGCCAAGGAUUUGGCAAAAGAGAAGGAUAUCGAUGGGUUUUUGGUCGGCGGCGCAUCGUUAAAACCCGACUUUGUACAGAUCGUUAACGCCCGUUGUUAAAAUAAGAACACUUAUUAUCUUCCACGACAUUGCGCCAAGUGAAAUGUAAUAGAGAUUUAUUCAUAUGAGUAUAAGAGAAAUUAUACGUAUCACUGUUCGUUCUCUAAUAUGUGAAGUCUAUUCCAACGAACAAAGGAAAGUUAUAUACAUCAUUUUCAAUCAAGCUUAUAAUGCUUGCUAUGUAUCUAUACUACAGAGGUAUAUUGUUGUUACAACUGUUGUACA